GAGACAGAUCUGUGUUCUGCAGCUCCACGCUGAGGCUCCGCGCGAGCGUCUGCAGCACCUAACCACAUCUGACAGGACACCUGCUCGGCUGAGACAAGUCUCCCCAUCAGCAGGUCUGCAAGAGGAACAGACGUCUCUUCGUUUGAGGGGGAGAAUUCAAAAAAUGAAACUUGAAGUUUUCUCAGCGCACCACUUUGCGCAGAAGCCGGUUGAGCUGUGCGUGGAACCAGACGGGGGAGUUCCCUCUCCCCUGUCCGGAGACGAGCUGGGCUCUGACGGGGACUGCGUGGCCAACAGCCCCGCACCUGUCGCGCAGAGCGGGGAGGGCAGCAAGGGGAAGCCGUACACCCGCAGACCCAAACCCCCCUACUCCUACAUCGCCCUGAUCGCCAUGGCCAUCCGGGAGUCCAGCAGCGGCCGCCUCACCCUGGCAGAGAUCAACGAGUUCCUGAUGAAGAAGUUCCCGUUUUUCCGCGGCAGCUACACGGGAUGGAGGAACUCCGUGCGCCACAACCUGUCACUCAACGACUGCUUCCUCAAAGUGCUCCGGGACCCGUCCAGGCCCUGGGGGAAGGACAACUACUGGAUGCUGAACCCGCACAGCGAGUACACCUUCGCUGAUGGGGUGUUCCGCCGCAGGAGGAAGCGCAUCACCAAGAGGUCCCCCAAAGAGGAGCUGGGGAGCCCGGACAUCCUGAGCGAGGACACCCGCUUGUCCGCCCCGGAGGACAGGGUGGGGGCCAAGUUCUCCAGCUCCUUUGCCAUCGACAGCAUCCUCAGCACCCCGUUCAGGCGGAGGGAGGACAGCCGCGCGGACGCAGACAACCCCAACCCCCAGGUGUACUGGCCCCUAGGGGCCCACAUACUGCCUUACACUCUGAACUAUCCGCUCCAGCACGCGUACGGGUCCGAGGCGGCGUACGGCAGGACGGAACCGGGCAGGAGUUCUUACCUGCAGCCGGGCAUGCGUGCACCUGAGCCCACCUUCAAGGUGCCCAGCAAGGCGCGAGGCUUCCACAUAGACUCCCUGCUGUCCUGAAACACCGGACUGUUGUCCUCACACAUCUGGACAGCUGUCCUCAAACACCUGCUGUCCUCACACAUCUGGACAGCUGUCCUCACACACCUGAUGUCCUCAGACAUCUGGACUGCUGUCACACGCGUGUGUUUUCAGCCAUGUUGUGCACUUUUCUUGUUUAUCUGUGUUGGACUAAGUUUUGUUUUAUUUUAUUUUUUGUCUUUUGGUGACCAAGCUACUGUAAAGUCGUUUCAACAUGGAAAAACACACAUGCUGUCAAAACAAACCUAAAAUAUUAGGGUCAGCGCAGGACAUUCCUGUGUGUGCGUGCGUG